CGGAAAUUUCGCGCCAAUGACGCAAACAAAAGCAAAACAUUGUAAAGUGGAAACUUCAUCUUAGUUUUUGUUUUAAAAUACUUAAAAUUAUCAUUAAUUUUGUUUAUUAUUGUUGUUUCUUAACUAUAUAGUGUUAAUACCAUAAUUAUACAGUGAUAAUGUCAACUCCUGCAAAACGGCCGUCGUCGCGUGCCUCAUCUGAGGCACCAACACCUUCGCGUAGAACCCGGUCUUCGCAACAAAUUGUUGUCCCGGAAACUCCACAACGGUCCACGGGAACACCAUCAAAUAAUGGCACUCCUGGCACCCCUCGUGGCACUCCACGUACCCCAGGUGCUCAAGUUCCUGGCACAUCACCUGCUCGUGCCUUAGCAUCCAGUCCACUGGGGACUGACAUUGAUCUAAGUUCGCCUUUGAACUAUGGCACUCCCAGUUCACUUAGCACUCCUCGCUCCCUCAUGAGGGGAGCCAUGACUCCAGCUAGGCAAAGGGCAGAUCUUAGAGGUCAAGCUGCAGGGAGACAUGUGCCUGCUCCGACACCCACCAGACAUGGGGAAGAAGCAGCUGCUGAAUCAUCAGGCGAGCCCCAACUGGUGGUGUGGGGCACGGAUGUGGCCAUCGCCGAGUGUCGCGACAAGUUCGUCAAAUUCAUACAAAGAUAUGUGGAGCCCGAUGCAGUCACUAAUGAACCACUGUAUGAGCAGAAGUUGGAAGAGAUCCAUACACUAGAAGAACCAUUCUUGGAUGUGGACUGCGAGCAUGUGAAGACCUUUGACGCCAAGCUGCACAGGCAACUUGUGUGUUAUCCACAAGAGGUGGUACCAGCUUUCGACGCGGCCGUGAACGAGAUGUUCUUCGAGAAGUACCCGGCCGCCGUGCUGGAGCACCAGAUACAAGUGCGGCCGUUCAAUGCGCCCAAACGACACAUGAGGGAUCUUAACCCAGAAGACAUCGACCAACUGGUCACAAUUACGGGCAUGGUAAUCCGCACAUCCGCCAUUGUGCCGGAAAUGCGGGAAGCGUUCUUCAAGUGCGCCGUUUGCGGAGCCGCCGCCACCGCCGAGCUGGAGCGCGGCCGGGUGCCCGAGCCGGCGCAUUGCGGCCACUGCAACACGGCUCACUGCUUCCAACUGAUACACAACAGAUCCCAUUUUACUGACAAACAGCUGGUCAAGCUGCAGGAGUCGCCAGACGACAUGCCGGCGGGCCGCACGCCGGCCACGGUGAGCGUGAUGGCGCACGGGGCGCUGGUGGAGGGCGCGGCGGCGGGCGAGCGCGUGGCCGUCACGGGCGUGUUCCGCGCCGCGCCCGCCAGCCUGCACCCCAGGAAGGCCACGCUGAAGGCUCUCCACCGCACACAUAUCGACGCCCUGCACUACGCCAAGGUCCAUAGCGACAGGCUGCUGGAAACUGAGGAGGGCAAGGAGCAUCGCUUCCCCCCAGAGCGUGUAGAACUGUUCAAAGCAUUGGCGUCCCAACCUGAUGCUUACGAGCGGCUGGCCCGCGCUGUAGCACCCUCCAUUUACGAAAAUCUGGAUAUCAAGAAAGGAGUGCUGUUGCAAUUACUCGGGGGAACAAAGAAGAACUUCAAUGCUGCAGGCAGAACACACUUCAGAUCAGAAAUCAACAUCCUUCUGUGCGGCGACCCGGGCACCAGCAAGUCGCAGCUGCUGCGCUGGGUGCACGCGCUGGUGCCGCGCGCGCAGUACACGUCGGGGCGCGGCUCCUCGGCCGUGGGGCUCACCGCCUACGUCACCAAGGACCCCGACACCAGGCAGCUGGUGUUGCAGACAGGCGCCCUUGUACUGGCCGACAACGGGAUUUGCUGUAUCGACGAGUUUGACAAAAUGAAUGACUCAACUCGCAGUGUGUUGCAUGAAGUGAUGGAACAGCAAACCCUCUCAAUAGCAAAAGCUGGCAUCAUCUGCCAACUGAACGCGCGCACCUCCAUCUUGGCAGCGGCGAACCCAGCAGAAUCCCAGUGGAAUAAGAACAAGACGAUUGUGGAGAAUGUCCAACUGCCACAUACAUUGAUGUCCAGAUUCGAUCUGAUAUUCCUGGUGUUGGACCCGCAAGACGAGAUGUUCGACCGUCGCCUGGCCUCUCACCUCGUGUCACUGUACUACAAAGACCCUAUGGAGAUCAUCGACGAGGAUGUUGUGGACAUGGCAUUGAUGCGCGACUACAUAGCGUUCGCGAAGGAGCACGUGCAGCCCACUCUCAGCGAAGCUGCGCAACAGCGGCUCAUAGACGCCUACGUCGAUAUGAGAAGGGUAGGCAGCGGUCGCGGUCAGAUCUCGGCUUAUCCGCGUCAGCUGGAGUCUCUCAUAAGACUUGCUGAGGCAUACGCGCGACUGAGACUCAGCCCUGUGGUCGAAAUCUCCGACGUUAACGAGGCUGCCAGAUUACACCGCGAAGCUCUAAAACAAUCGGCGACGGACCCGGCUUCAGGUCGCAUCGACGUGGGAAUCCUCACUACGGGUCUCGGAGCAGCCGCCAGGAGGAGGCGGGCGGACCUCGUGGCCGCUCUCAAGGAACUCAUCAAGCCAUACAACAAGCCACAUACUGUCACACACUCCAAGAUUCUGCAGGAGAUCAACUCUACUUCGCAAUUUACGGUUUCGCGUGAACAACUGGACGAGGCGCUGCGUGACCUGCAAGACGAGGGGAAAGUCACCGUGGUCAGCCACACGCAUAUCAGACUGUGUUGAAACUGAAUUCGGAAAUGAUACAUGUUGUAACAAUUAAGCAUUUGAAAUUAAGUUGAUCUUUAUUAAAUUUCAAUAAAAAAAACCCAUUUA